CCCUUCUUCCAAAAAAAUGUCCAAUCUUUAUUUAAGCAGCUUCAUUUUAUCCACGAGCAGAUUUGAAAUUUAGAACGGCUAACCCGCUCAUUCGUCCAUCGCUCCCUUUUGCUUAGACAAAAGUACACCAUCACUGUGAAUUCCUUCUGGUUUAUCUCUGUAUUCGGAAUCAAGUUUAAGGCUUUCAAGAUCCAUAUAAAACCUAGACAGAAGCCUUUAUCUCGUGCGAUAGUAGUAUUUACGAAUUAUCAUCAAUAAAGGGAGAAUUAUGGCCAAGAAUGUCACCCAGAGGCCACUGAUAUUUCAAGAUGAGAACCUGGAUGUGUAUUCCAAAACUGUGACUGGUGAAAUAUCAUUGAGUUCUAAACAAUCAGUGGUCAAGAAAGGUGGUACUGGGCUAAAAGGCCGUGGUGCCCUUAAUGACAUUACAAACAAGUCAUCUGCUCAACCAAAACCAUCACAGAAGAAAAGCUUCUCACAUAAGAAAAAACUUCUAUUUAAGGAUGAUGAAGUUAACAUUGCGGAAGAGGCAUUUUUACAUGACCACAAGAAGUGUAUUAAGGCACAACAGUCUGAAAAGACACUUGAUCUCCUGGACUUGGGUUUUCCCGAACGAGAUCCAUUGUAUUCCAUUGAAAUAUCAGACCUGAAACCAGAUGAUAGCAAUAUGUGUGUUGGUAAUCGCCGCGGGUACCUCGAACUAGAGGAGCUGCCCAUACCAGAGGACUCCAUAUGGUUUGAAUCUUCUUUAACAUGGAAGUCUCCUCCAUCAUCUCCCACAGGCUGUGACUCUCCAAUUUCUAUUGCAUCGGAAUUUGAGCAAGUUGAGUUUAAAAUGAAAGAGGAAAGUGAUUUCUCUAUUUGAUAUGCAUGUAUGAAUCAGUGUCAGAUUUUUGCAUGUCUAUGAUACUAUGAACUGUAUUAUGAUUUCUUUUCAACCUUCCCUUUCUUUUAUGAGUUCCCGCCGUUUUUAAGCUG